CCAGUGUCAUAUCGGCUUUCCACCGAAGCGCACGUCUCUCGCUCUUCCACGCUAUACCUAUCUCUGUCUUGUGUAUUCCAAAAAUUGCUUUUCGAAAUUCAAAAUUUACUUUUCCGCGCCCGCGACCCUCGCUUCUUGAGUGCCAGUGUCUUUCCCGCCCUUCUUAUGAGUUCAGUGUGACCAUAGAGUUUCGUUUGUUUCGUUUUUUAUUGUUAUUAUUUUUCUUUUUUAAUUCCUAACGCUCUGUCGCUUGUGUGUGGCACGGCUGUUUAUUACGUAACAGAAACCCCCAAAAAGAACUGUUACGCGUUCCAUUUACGAACUAAAACCGGAAACAUCGAGAAAACAAAAUCUGUGAUAAAAAGAAGAGAGAAACCAUAGACAUUGACGUGUCUUAAGUGCAAUAAAGUCGUUAAGUUUUCGUUGUAAAGCGUUCCAUAUUCAAAGUUAUUGAAUCGAGUUCGAUUCAAAAAUCACGUUCGAUGUUAGUCUCCACAAAACAGUAAGUGGCCAGCAUUUUAGCUGUAGUGUUCUUUGAGUGUUAUUCUAGUUGUAAUUGAGGUUAAAUUUUUGUGUGGUUUGUGACUGAUAGUGUCAUCACCUGAGUCGUCCAAGAUGACGAAGAACUUUUUGACGGUUACCAACAUUGUGAAUGAAGGCAUCAAGGGGAGCAAGAUCUCGCAGCUCGGCCUGUCCAAGUAUCUGUCGCAAUCACUAGCGCAACUUGAGACCACAUCCACCAGCUCGCCCCAAGCCAAGUCCCCGGCCGGCAGCAGCGCCGGCGCCGGCGCGUCCACCGCGCCCGGAGACCGCACGCCCACUGCCCACAACAAGCAGCUGCAGAAUGUCAAGGGACAGGACCAUCCGCCGCAUCCCUCCAUGGCGUUCCUCCAGAAUCGGUCCAUUUCGCUGGUGGACAUGUACAUCGACAACUCCGAGCCUUCGGAGAACGUCGGCCAGAUCCACUUCUCUCUGGAGUAUGACUUCCAGAACACCACCCUCAUUCUCAGGAUCAUCCAGGGCAAGGAGCUCCCAGCUAAAGACCUGAGCGGCACCUCGGACCCGUACGUGCGGGUGACCCUGCUCCCGGACAAGAAGCACCGGCUGGAGACGAAGAUCAAGCGGCGCACGCUCAACCCACGCUGGAACGAGACCUUCUACUUCGAGGGGUUCCCCAUACAGAAGCUGCAGAGCCGGGUGCUGCAUCUGCACGUGUUCGACUACGACCGCUUCUCGCGCGACGACUCCAUCGGGGAGGUGUUCCUGCCGCUGUGCCAGGUGGACCUGAGCGAGAAGCCCUCCUUCUGGAAGGCCCUCAAACCCCCGGCCAAGGACAAGUGCGGGGAGCUGCUGACGUCCCUCUGCUACCACCCCAGCAACUCCGUGCUCACGCUGACCCUGCUGAAGGCCAGGAACCUCAAGGCGAAGGAUAUUAACGGGAAAUCUGACCCGUACGUGAAGGUGUGGCUGCAGUUCGGCGACAAACGCAUCGAGAAGCGCAAGACGGCCAUCUUUAAAUGCACUUUGAACCCGGUUUUUAACGACUCUUUCUCCUUCAACGUUCCGUGGGAGAAGAUUCGAGAGUGUUCGCUGGAUGUGCAGGUCAUGGACUUCGACAAUAUUGGACGCAACGAGCUGAUUGGACGGAUAUUGCUGGCCGGCAAAAAUGGUUCCGGUGCUUCAGAGACCAAGCACUGGCAAGACAUGAUCACAAAACCGAGGCAGACCAUCGUGCAAUGGCAUCGCCUGAAGCCUGAGUAAACUAAAAAAAGUUGUUAUUUGUAAAAAAAAAUAUUUUAACGAAAAAAUAUUUUAAAAGUUAUUACAAAACGUCAUAAGACUGAACGGUUAACAAACGUAAGAACGAGGUGGAAUAUCUCCGAUUUUCUGGAUCUUGCUGUGCACGUUUAAAUAUUUAUUUAUUUGUUUUAUAUUUUAAUAUUUUUUUUUUUGGGGAUUAAAAGAAUGUUUUUUUUAAAUGAUUUAAAAAACGAAAACUUUUAUUUACUGUGUGAAAAAUAUAUUCAAGGAACUGGGAUUUCAUUUAGGUAAUAACUGGGUUUAAUGGGAAUAAAACUUAUUAAAAUAAUAUAAUUUUAAUCCACUGGCGUGGUGUUUUAUAGUAUCAUGAAAAUCAAUGUUAAGAGUUUUAAAUUGUUAGGAUUAUAAAAGUAAUUGUUAAAUAGUAGGAAAAGAUUACGAAUGUCGAGUUCACGUCGCACAAAAAGGUAGUUUUUCUUUAAUAAAUUUAAUAUGGUUUGGUGAAAGUUUUCAAUAUUUUGGUAAAAAUAACAUCAUUUUAUUAAAAAGGAUAACUGCCAAAUUGCUAUUAAAGAUAAAAGUAUAAUGCAGGCAAUUAAUAUUAACAUUUAAAGUGUCAAAUAUAAUUUACUGUGUGUGUGCAUCUAAAAAGUGGUACCAGAAAAUUCUAAAUUAAAUGAUAAACAUAGGAAAUGGUAAAGAAAAAUUAGACGGUCAAUUUUAGGCGAUUCACUUUCAGUUAUUAUUUAUACAUAUUUUUAAAAAUAUGUUUAGGUGUGUUUUUGAUGAAACGUACAGUAAAUAUACCCUUAUUUACUGAAAGUUAAAACCAGUAUUAGUUCUCAAAUAACACAGUCAUAAAAUCUGUCACUGUCGUAAAAAAAACACUGAAAAAAGCUACAGUGUGGUAAUUAUAAAAGGUUAUUAACUUUUUUAUAACUAAGGGGAAUAGUGUUCUGUAACGAAUAGGAAUCAGUGCUCAUUGUUACAUGUUUUAAAAAGCUUAUUAUAUUCGGUAAAUAAAGUAGUUCAGUCGAUGUUGAAAGUAAAUGAUGAUAAAAAAACAUUACUU